UGGCGCACGGUCGCAGUGUGAGGCAAAAACAGGCAGAAUAAAGAACUGUAUAAAUGAUUGUGAUAAAGCAGAUAUUCAGCGUUUUCCUGCUCCUGCUGUGUCUUUAUGAGCACAGAUAUGAUUCUCCUGUGUGUGUCAGAUGUCAGAAGUAGGACUAAUGGCUAGAAUAAACAGGACAUUUGUGUUGACUCUCCUCAUCGCUGCGAGCUCCAUAUUCCUCCUCUUCCAGCUCUUCAACUACAGACAGUAUUCAUCAAAGAAUGGACUUAACGCAUUGAGCAGUAAAGGAUAUCUGUCCGGAAAAGAGGCACAUUGGCAUUUGCUGAAGAAGUUCCUGGGGCUGGUCCAUAAGUUUAAAUUGCCUGUGUUUCUGGUAGACACAGCAUCUCUGAACCUUCUGUCCCAGGAUGCAGUUCUCUACAGGGACAGUCAGCUGAAAGAGCCCCACUGCAGUUUCCUCUGCACACACAGGGACUUCACCACCUUUGCACUUCUCGGAAACCUCUGGAAAUAUGAUGCCGCUUUAUUGGAUGCAGCAGCGGAGCGAGGUCUGGAGCUGCUGGAGAUUCAUGGGAAAGACCCCAGACUGAUCAGCAUGGAUGAUCUGACAGCAAAAGAAAUACCACUGCACUUCCUGUUCCGCUUUAACAGCCGUCUGGUUCAUGUGGUCGUUCUAUACGAGCGCAGUGGGAAGUACCUCUGGCACGGCCCUCUCAGGCUGAGAAGCAGUAUGGACAGGACAUUCGCCCCUUUCGGAAAACUGGACUUUGGCCGUCAUGCUGGGGCCUAUGACAGGCCAGAGCUCAUUCUAACCACUCUUGAUGGCCUUGACGUAAGAAUCCCCAAAAACUACUCUGGUUUCCUCCAUGAGCAUUCCAGCAGUCGCUUUCUGGAGUGUCACUGCAGAGAAGCCAAGGCCUUUUACCAGCUGUAUCCAGAAGACACCUCUACAGAGGCUAUGGACUUUAGGAUGAGGGCUAAAAGUCUGCUUCAUCUUGCUUCUAAAGUCCUCUCUGUGCUUGGAGUUCCGUUCUGGCUCAGCAGUGGAACCUGUCUUGGUUGGUACAGGCAGUGUAACAUCAUUCCUUACAGUAAAGACGUCGAUCUGGGCGUUUGGAUUAAAGAUUACAGGCAUGACAUCACUCAGGCGUUUCAGAAGGCUGGUCUCCCACUGAAACACAAGUUUGGGAAGGUUGAGGAUAGUUUGGAGCUCUCCUUUCAGGGAAAUGAUGUGAAACUGGACAUUUUCUUUUUUUAUGAUGAAGGUGACAUUGCCUGGAAUGGAGGCACACAGGCAAAGAGUGGCAAAAAAUUCAAAUAUGUGUUCCCACGAUUCAGUCUGUGUUGGACUGAGCUGAUGGAGCUAAAGGUCAGAGUUCCCUGCGAAACCGGGGACUAUGUGAUGGCCAACUAUGGACCUAACUGGAAUGUUCCUGUGAAAACCUGGGACUGGAAGACCUCUCCGUUCAACGUACAGGAGAAUGGUGUGUGGCCUGUGAGGGAAUGGGAUGAUGUCAUUCAAGUUUACUGAAGCAUCAUGGGAGUUCAAGUAUUUAGUUAUACUCCAGUUAAUAUGUAUGGGUCAUUGCAGUUACCCUAAGCUACUACAAAGUCGAUAGUAAACCCCUAUGGAAAAUGUUUCAGUGUUCCUUAAAAGUCUGCAGACAUUGACUGCCUUUGUAACACUAAGAGAACAUUGAAAACAAAAGAAAUAUUAAUGUGGUGACGAGAUUUGUUUUAUUAAUGUAAAUCAUUGGUCUCAUAAUCAAUUCCUGGAGGGUUUCAGCUCUGCACAGCUUGGCUCCAACCCUAAUCAAACACACCUGAUCCAGCUAAUCAAGGUCUUCAGGAUCAUUAGAAACUUCCAAG